GUUCAGUCGACUUUGAAAUUAUAACUGAGCAACAUCAUGAAGAUUGUGCGCUUUCUAGCUGCCAUGGUUGGCAUCGCUUUGACUGAGGACUUGAAAUGCUACUCUUGCAAGGAUGCCAACCAAUAUUAUGUGCCUUGUGGUGGAGCAGUGCGGGAAAAGCUCGAAUUGUGCGGCACUCCCCUUUGCGCAAACUGGCAAAUCAUUAAUGGAAACAACAAGGUCUCAGUGUGGAAAGGCUGUGGAGUUUUUCGUUUGACUGACGUUAUUGAUUAUUUUUUCCCCGUUAACACGCUCUUGGGCGUGAUCAACAGAUUCGUGAAUCUGAAUCAAUGCAUUGACUUGAGUUCAGCAAGAAAUAUGAAGGAUGGAUCUUCCGUGUGUUUCUGCACUGCAUCUGGGUGUAAUGGAGCCAUUGGUCAGCAGAUAUAAAAGCCCCACCAAGAUGCCCUCGGUGAACUGAAGAAUUGCACUUGAAAAGAUCCUGACGUUAUUAAAGCAAUGUGCAUGAUUGUGGAUUUGAUCUGGCAAUUGAAGCGCUAAAAAGUCGCACUUGAUCAAAUUAAUCCAAACAAAUGACAACUCUCCACUUACCUUGAAAUGAAGACUCCACAACUUGCACCACAUCUCAAAAUCAUUGUAAUACUAGCUGAAGCGAAAUCGGUCGGCUUGAUGAAGUAUGAAUUCAUGCUUCAACUCGAGCUUUGUCAUGUUCGGAUUAAUUAUAUUUCUACUGAAGGGAGGAACGUCUCUUU